GUCAAAAAUGCUACGGGAUCAAAGUGUCUCUGAUUUCUCGUUUAUUCAGCAUGAUUCUUGUUUGGGUAUCUGCAUUUUUGGUUCACUUGGCUUUAAUCUUAUACAUUGCAUUACCGUACAUUGUUGAGAAAUUUCCCUAUUUCUUAAGACGUCUUGUAUUUAAUACAACCAGUGGACCCUUGUUUGGCUCUAAUGUUUAUACGCAUUUUGAAUCUGUGGAUAUUCCUAGUGGGUAUGCUCAUAACUUCUAUGUCAAUUCUUUGGAUAAUCAAGCGUUGUUAGGAGUGUGGCACAUACUUCCAUCAAACAGUCAAGAAAUCUGCGCUACUAGUUCACAAAGUUAUGAAGAAAUUAUGAAAACCUUGCCUCAUGAUUUACCUGUAUUUAUUUAUUUCCAUGGUAAUUCUAAAACAAGAGCUAUUCCUUGGAGGGUGAACAUCUACAAACUGUUGUCGUCACUUGGUUAUCAUGUCUUCUCCUUUGAUUAUCGAGGUUAUGGGGAUUCAACAGGUUCAUUGACGGGUGAAAAUGACUGCGUGCAGGACAGCUUGACAGUUGUAGAAUUUGUUUGUCGACGGUUUCCAUCAUCACCAAUUUUCUUUUGGGGUCAUUCACUUGGUACUGGAGUUGUUGGCUGUCUUAUGGGUCACUUGCUUGACAAAAAGGAUCACUUAUCGCAUAAUAUUCGUCUUCCUAAAGGCAUAAUUCUUGAUGCUCCAUUCACAUGCCUGACUGAUGUACUGGGUUAUAAUGUGCUUCUUAAGCCUUAUCAACUAAUGCCGACAUUGCAAGAACGAUUUUUAUCGGCCAUGAGCAAGGUUAAAUUAUCAUUUGACACACAAUCGAACUUGGUAAAUUGUCCUAUUCCAAUAAUCAUAUUACAUGCUGAAGAUGAUGCAGUUGUACCAUUUCCUUUGGGAAGAAAGCUUGCUGAAACUUUAUCAACUAAUGGUACAUCAGUAAUGUUCAAGCGAUACGAUGGCAAACAUGGUUACCAGCACAAUUUUAUUCAUACAGCACCAGAUGUUCCAGAUAUCAUUAGGUGAGUAUUUGACUUGUAGUUAUUCAUAAUCGAUUAUUACUGAAGACUAAUUUUGUUUUGGUGCUAUUCCCUAAUUUGAUUGAUAGCAAAAAUGUAACGGGAAACCUUAGGCAUUGUAGUCCAAUAUACUUCCAUAUUAGAUUGUUUAUUUGAUUGACAUAGCACACAGUGGCACAGUAUAAUUUACUGGAUAACACUCCGAGCAGAAUCUAUUGCUCAGAUUUAUAUCAAACUUUCAAACUUCCUUUAUAUUGUGCAAUAGUUCAUUCAUUCAUUUUAAUGGUAGUGAAACUUUCCAGAAAUCUCCAGUGUGUGAUGAAUCAUUCCUGUUACGCGUGUUGGAUGUAGAUUCAAUGAAUGAAGAUUCUGUGAUCAAUCACUGCCUCCACCUAGCUGUGUUGAAUUUAAGUAUUGUCACCCUAUGCAACCCUCUAGUCUGAUUAUGAGUCAGUGCAUGCAGAGUGAUAGCCAAGUUUUUCUCUAAAUUAUUUAUUUUACUAGGGUCUAUCAUUAUCUAUUUCGCUGAAUCUUUGUGUUCUGCUAUUCUGAUUGACGUAGAUCGGCUGCUUUGACCUAUAUAUUUGACCUGAUAAUCAUGACAUGACAUUUGAUAGGUUAGGUCAUCUUUCUCAACUGACUCUGUUAGAUAUUUCAGCCACCCUCAUCCCAUCAUUGUUUGAAUUAAAUUGUACUGUGUGACUGUGCUAUAUCAAAUAAACAAUCUAAUAUACAUAAAAAAGCAUCCUAAUUCUUCAAAACGUUCAAUUGUUAUAAUUUGUUAGUAAACUAACUCAUUAUUUGAAUGUUUAUUCGAAAUGAAAAUUUGAUCCAACUUUAUCAAAGUAAUUCACUGAAAUUUUCACUGGAUUUAAAACUACAACCGGAACAGGCUGGCUGGCUGGCUGGUUUCAGGAAAAACAAAUCAUUCGUGGAUCAAAUUGGAACACAACAUCACCCCAUGCAUCAUCAUAGAACAGACCAUAGAAUGGAAGUCAACUCUCUACCUCACUCAACUUCUUCAAUUUUGAAAAGGCCUUCGAUCGAUGCCUCGACCGAGUAGUAAUUCGGCAGCUCCUUCAACAUCACGCUUUUAGUGCCAUAAACCUUUAUCAACAACCUCAUUCAACAGGCAUAUGCUAUGUUAUAUGAUGAGGUUACAUACCAAGUGAUUCACAAUGGAAAGCUCAGUGAUGUCUUUGGAGAGGAGAGAGACAGGAGUAGGACAAGGUUGCUGCCUACUAUCACCGAUCAUCUUCGUGAUUGUGGUCGACUGGACUGGACUGGACUGGACUGUACUGGAUUGGACUGGACUGGAUCAUGCAAGAAACUGUGAGGAGGGAGGAGAUGGGCAUACGCUGACCGAACAGAUGAAAAGACAGUGGACGAUUUGGAUUUCGCCAACGAUGAUUGAUGUGUAGUGUCUUGUGGCACAAAUUCGAAGAUGUACAGGCGAAAACUAACAAGUUGGCAGAGGAGGCGAGGCGAGGCGAGGUGAGGUGAGGUGAGGCGAUGCAGCGAAGGAUGACGAUACUUCCUUCAGGUGAAUGCAGAGAAGACAGAGGUGAUGAAGAUACCCAACCAACACCACAACCACGACCAGCACCAACAACAAGCACCAAUCACCAUCAACGGGAGGUGAAAGCAGCCAUGAUGGGAAAGACAGCAAGACAGCCUGCCUUCAUUACUCUGAAAUAAUAAUCAUUGUGGAGAUCUACUGCACUGCACUGAGCAUAAAGCGUGAACAGGAUGUGGAUUUUCAACACUAAUUCAGUCAAGUAAGUCAGUGCUUCUAUGUGAUGGUUGAGAGACUUGGUGGCGCGUUUUGAGAAGCCUCUCCAACAAACUGCAGACAUGCAUCAUCAACAGCUACCGUCUACACUCACUCAAUACUGAUACCGAUGUUCAACCAGAUGGCCAGAAUAAUAAGAAUAAGUAACAAAGAAUUCUCACUGACAGCGAACCAACCAACAACCCAUCACCUAACAAAUAUGCAGAAUAAAGUUGAGAUGGAAUGGAUUGGACAUAGACUAAGAAGACCAUUUGUGGACAUCACGUAGUGGGUCAAGCCAGACCAUGGCAGGCCCUCGAGAUGAACCUAAGUUGGAAAUGACCGGUUGGGAGUGUGAGGCGAGAGUGACAUGAAAGAGAUUAUGUGAGGAAGAAAUGAGAGCUUGCUGGCAGUAGUGGAGCCAGUUUGAGAAUAGUGCAGAGAGGAGAUUGAGAUGGUGACGUGCAACCCAAGGGACUAAAAUCAAUAUUAAUUAUCUUAAAUCGUGUAUGUAAACUCCUGUGGACUCACUGCCAAGUCCAUGAAAAAUUUAAAAAAAACAACAUUCAAUAGCCUAUGGAAUACAAGAUUUGAUGCAAGUGAAUUUUUACAGGCCUGAUAAAUAACCAUACGUUUUUCUCAUCCAUAUCCUUGUUCAUUAUUGAGUAUUCAUCAAGAUUAUAGCCAUUAAAAUAGAUAAUCAUAUGAUACUGAAAGUUGAUUUCAACAUGUUGAUUGUCAAGAAAUUCAUAUUGAAUGUUAUACUUUCUAACUGCCUACCUUCUCAUUAUCUCAGAGCUUGAAAACUCACCAUCAUCUUAAUCAAAAUAUGACACUUAAGAUAAAAUUAUGGUUCUCAGUUAAAUCCUUUUUAUAAUUUAAAAUAACAGAAUAUAUUCAAGAUGAUAUAUUGUUAUAUUUAUAGGAGUCCAUUGCCAUUAUUAUACCACACUGUUUUUUUUUUAAUGAUAAGUUGAAAACAUUUUCUAAAUACCUGGGAAUAGAUUAUACAUUUUGAAGAUAUUUUUAAAUGAUUAAAACAAAUUCAAUAAGAGAAUAUUCAAUGAAAAUUUUUCGGUAACUUCAAUAACUUACUCAGAUGUAUUUAUUAUUCAAACUUAUAUUGAUCACAUUAUUAACCUUAAUAUUAUUAUAUAACUAUCACCAGAUAAGUUUAAUAUGAGUGUUUCAAUUAUUUGAAGUUUGAUUUAUUGAUCAAGUUAUCACCUUUUUUUUUUAAAUCAAAGAUUUUAUUUAUUGUUCUGAUGUGAUUCCCUUUACUCUGCGUCUAAAUUGUCUUAUCUUUUUUGCCUAGUUCAUUUGUUCGAUCCACACUGUCUGGAAGUUUCAGUGCAUUAGAAGAUUUGAUGAUUUGACUGAGUUUUUAAUUAUAUUCAAAUAUAAAGAAGCGUGUUUUAAAUGACUAUUUUUAUUCUUCGAAAUAGAGUUUACUUUAUAAUAUUUCUGUAUGUUUGUGUAUACACUAUUGUAUCUGACUCAAAGCACAGUACCAAAGAUCAUGAGGUGUCAAUCUCUCGAAUCAUAUCAUUACAUUUAUAUCAUUACUUCAUUUGUGUGCAUGAAGAACAUUUUCAAUAGUUUGUUUUAUAUCAUUUUUCACUGAACAAUAUACUAUUUUCUUCUGUUUUAUAUGUCAGAUUAUUUUUACUUCAUCUUAUUUAUUAACUUACUUUUCAAUUAUAAAUAAACUAAGUGUUUGUGGAA